AUGGGCCCAUACCUUAGUUAACCUAAUAAAAACAAAACAACCACCAGUGGUGAAGGAAAGAGCAUUAUUUUUGCUGCUUCUGAAAUGCAAGGCUGGAGAAAUACAAUGGAAGAUGCUCACAUUCAUGUAUGUGACUUGUAACAAGAUCUUUCAAUCUUCGGUGUCUUUGAUGGCCAUGGAGGCAAAGAAGUCGCCCAGUUUGUAGAGAAACACUUCAUUGAAGAACUUUAAAAGAAUAAAAAUUUUAAAGAUCAAAAGUUUGAAGACGCCCUUAGAGAGACUUUCUUGAAGAUGGAUGAGCUCUUGCUUACCCCAGAAGGUCAAAAGGAAAUUAUUUAAAUCAAAGGUGGAGAUGAUGAGGCUUCUUAUGCAGGAUGUACUGCAAAUGUUGCUCUGUUCCAUAAGAAUGUGUUGUAUGUUGCUAAUGCAGGUGAUUCUCGAUCUGUAUUAUGCAGAAAUAACACAAAUUACGAUAUGAGUGUUGAUCACAAACCAGACAACUAUGAAGAGAAAUCAAGAAUUGAAAGAGCCGGUGGAUUUGUUUCUGAUGGAAGAGUCAAUGGUAACUUAAAUCUAUCCCGUGCCUUAGGAGAUUUAGAGUAUAAGAGAGACAGCAAAUUAAGAUCAAAUGAACAAUUGAUCAUUGCUCUACCAGAUAUCAAAAAGGUGGAAUUAAAUCAGACUGACAAAUUCCUAUUAAUGGGAUGUGAUGGUGUAUUUGAAACUCUUGAUCAUUAAGAUUUACUCAAGUUUAUUAACUAAAAACUUGGAAAUCAAUAAAUUACUCCAUAAUUAUUAGGAAGAGUAGCUGAAGACUUGUUAGAUAAUUUGAUUGCACCAGAUACCUCAGCCGGAACUGGAUGUGACAAUAUGACAACCUUAAUCAUAUAUCUUAAAGGAAAAUGAACAAUAUGAUAAUAUAUAUUUAAUAUAUAUUAAUUCCUUUAAAAUAUGAAUAUCAUUUCC